AUGGGGCCCCCGUCUGUUAGGCAUAAAGCAGCUAUUGCCGCUGUCAAGACGAAGCGGCAAAUUCGAAGGGUUCAAUAUGCACAGGCGCAGAAACUAUACGCUACCAAGCGGAAGGACUGUGCCGAAACUGUGCUUUCUGGUGAUUGGAGGACAGCUCACGAGCCCACUCUAAGACGCCCAAAUAGUCUUAGAGGAUUCUGGUCUCAGGUCUUUGACCAACCAAGCAUGCCCGACCCCCGACCAGUUGAGGCGAUUGCAUCAAAAUGGUCGAUGCUGGUUCCAAUUGCCGCAGACGAAGUCACUGAAGUCCUGAAGCAGAUGGGGCAAACUGCCCCGAGUCUUGAUCGUGUUACUACUAUAACAAUUGGUGCCAUCGCCAGGAUCAGAAUGAAGGUUCCAUGGCCAGCGGCCUUCGAGGAUGGAGAUGUGCGGAUGUUCCUGGAGGAGUUCGAGGAUGUGGAGGAGCUUACCGGAAUACGGACGGAUCGCGGCAAGUUGACGGCCCUUCCAUCGCUCCUCAAGGGCCGUGCGCGGGCAGUGUUGGACGCGGCACGAAGGAGCCCGGAGAAAAUGGAGUGGGCCGCCGCGAAGGACGCCCUGAUUGCGGGCUUUGACACCCCAGCCGACCGCCAGGAGGCACUCCGUCGCUUCAAGAUGGCGCAGCUCGGACUGGAACAGGCAGAAGAGAGAAUCAGGCAACUGGAGUUUGAGCUGACAACGAUGCGUAUUUCUUCGGGUUCAAACGUCGCAUCACGUGAGGUUCGGUUCGUGCACCAAGCGGAUGAAGGCUACGUGAUGCCAAGUUCUUCAAGAUUAAAAUUUGCCCCCGACAUCACACUGAAACCGGACUCAAUGAAACCGCUAUGUGAAGCGGCUGUCCAAUCCGAAAUGGAGUAUUGA